AUGAACCAAAAUGAAUCUUGUUCGAAGUCUAGGUCAGCGAGACGAGGCCGAUGGUACAAUUAUAGAAAUCGCUCAUCUAAUCAGCAGCAGUACAGUCGCUACACAGGUAACAAUCCACAAAUGACAAGGAAGAAGAAUCACAGAUUUCCAGACAGCCGACAGCGCAAUCAAUUUGCGCAGAACGUUCGCCAUAAUAUGCAUUCUAACCAUGGUUUUCGUGCCAACAGAAACCAAGAGAACAAGGAAGAGUCAUGUAUCAGUCGUGAAGAGCAUCAUCAGGAACCUCAAUCACCAGUUCCGUUGUCACUAGCAAAUCUUGUAGUGCGAGGACCAAGUGAGGAAGAGAGCGACAUACCGGGAUUUGCUUAUGAUUCAAGAACACGCAAGUAUUACAGAGUUCAAGAGGAAGCCAGUGGAUCUGCUAUUGGAUAUCGGAGCAGUGACUUUCAGAAGAUUCGGAAAGAGAAGGAACGGCUUAGAGUUUUGAAAUCAAUUCAAGGGAAUGCUACGAAGACUAGCAUAGGUUACCCACUUCCACAACCACUUUCUUCGCUUCUAGGAAGGCGAGAAAUGGCGUUCCGUAGCGCGUUCCCCUGCAUCGAUUUGAAAACUUCAUUAGCUGAAAGUGCUCUUGGCAACGCGGAAUGCACUCCAAGCUAUAUCCGAGAGGUAGUAACAAAUAAUGUCGACAACUUAGUUGGAUGUCAAUUCCUUGAUGUCUCUAAAGACGGGAAAACGCUUUUCGGCUGUUGGGCUACAAAUAACGGAGCGUAUCUUGGGAACGAAAGACUUGCAUCACGUUUCAUAGCUCUUGAUGUCUCCUGUGAUACAGAUGUAGUGAGGCGUAUUGGUCUAGCAAAGGAUGGGUGUAAAAUUUGCUGCAACGAAGAGGAAGGGAACACCUAUGGUUUGCGGUUCAGAGCUACUCCCAACAUCAUUCAUGCGCUAGGUCCUACAUUCGUGGAUAUGGUCAUUGCUCCUUAUGAUAGCGACGUGACGUGCAUUCUUUACGUUACCGCCAGUUCACGUUACACUCGCGGGAAAAUAGCAACUUAUUGUAGCGCCGUAGUUGAACCAAUCCCAGAAUUAUGCAAAGCAGAAGGUUUGAAGUAUUUAAAUUCUCCCGUUUACAAUAUGAAAUGGACUUCUCAGGACGAAAUUUGGUCGUGUGCGUGGAAUUCAGAAAAAAUGCGCCUUGGACUUGGAAUGGAAGAAAGCACUAUGAUUAUUGAUGUUCUUUCUGAAAAGAACUUUCGAAUUUCAAGCCGGAAAAAGAAUGUCCUUAGCCAGCACUUCACUCAGGAUGGCGAGAUUCUUUUUAUGGGGCUUAGAGGAGAAGAUAUGGUUUGUUCGGAUUUACGUCUGAAGAGUCACCACAUCGUUAAUACCUUUGAGGGGUCAAACUCAGUAGGAUGGAUUAAACUCUUACAAAGUCAUCCAUAUUCCUUGCUGACAGAUAAUUUUGCGGGCGAGUUGAACUUGUGGGAUGUAAGGAUGGGUCGAAAACUGAUGACUUUUAGAGGACACAAAAACAGUCAUUACAGGCUUCCAUGCUUUGUUGAUGAUGAUGAACGUUUUGUUUUUGCGGUUGGGGAAGACGGUGUUGCAAGAGGUUGGUCGAUGCGUACUGGCGCACUUUUGUGUGCCUUACCAAGUCCCCGUCCAGUCGAACAGAAAUCUGAAUAUACCCGCAUUGUUUAUUCUGAUCGUUGGGGAGGUCGGGCAGGUAAUAGUGCUGUUGUACUGGCAGUUACUGGAGAUAUACGAGUACACGAACUUAAAUUUUAG